CUGGCACUCAGGCGGCUGAGGCUCUGGCGUCCGUCCCGCUUCGCGCUGCCUGCGGCGUCGCUCCCCGCCCGGUGACUGCUUCAUCCAGACCUCCUGCAGCCUCCGGGUCCCAGUCGCGGCAGAGCGACAAGUGGCCAGUGAGGCGUGAGGAUGGAGGGUGGGGACAGAGCCAGCAGGAGGAAGGCCGAGAGCGCUCGCGGAACGCAACCAGGCGCGCGUCCCUGAGCCGGCGUGGCGAGCGCCCUCUGGCCGGUGCCGCCACCGGAGUACCCUUGGGUCGCCAGGCCCGCGCCAGUCCCCGCCAUCCGAGCAACAGCGGCGCUGCUCUGGGACCGCGGCCGCGACACCAGGGAACAACCAUGUCACCGUUUCUUCGAAUCGGUUUAUCCAACUUUGACUGUGGGACCUGCCAAGCUUGUCAGGGAGAGGCAGUGAACCCCUACUGCGCUGUGCUUGUCAAAGAGUAUGUGGAAUCAGAAAAUGGGCAGAUGUACAUCCAGAAAAAGCCAACCAUGUACCCACCUUGGGACAGCACCUUUGACGCCCACAUUAACAAGGGAAGGGUGAUGCAGAUCAUCGUGAAGGGCAAGAAUGUAGACCUCAUCUCAGAAACAACCGUGGAACUCUACUCCCUGGCGGAGAGAUGCCGCAAGAACAAUGGGCGGACAGAAAUAUGGUUAGAGCUGAAACCUCAAGGCCGAAUGCUAAUGAAUGCAAGAUACUUUCUGGAAAUGAGUGACACAAAGGACAUGAGUGAGUUUGAGAAUGAAGGAUUCUUUGCACUGCAUCAGCGCCGAGGAGCCAUCAAACAGGCCAAAGUCCACCAUGUCAAGUGUCACGAGUUCACGGCCACCUUUUUCCCUCAACCCACAUUUUGCUCUGUCUGCCAUGAAUUUGUCUGGGGCCUGAACAAGCAGGGUUACCAGUGCCGACAGUGUAAUGCAGCGAUUCACAAGAAGUGCAUUGAUAAAGUGAUAGCCAAGUGCACAGGAUCCGCAAUCAAUAGCCGAGAAACCAUGUUCCAUAAGGAGAGAUUCAAGAUCGACAUGCCACACAGAUUCAAAGUCUACAACUACAAGAGUCCAACCUUCUGUGAGCACUGUGGUACCCUGCUCUGGGGGCUGGCGAGGCAAGGACUCAAAUGUGAUGCAUGUGGCAUGAACGUCCACCACCGAUGCCAGACAAAGGUUGCCAAUCUUUGUGGUAUAAACCAGAAGCUAAUGGCUGAAGCACUAGCGAUGAUUGAAAGCACCCAACAGGCUCGCUCCUUACGAGAUUCAGAACACAUCUUCCGAGAAGGCCCAGUUGAAAUUGGUCUCCCAUGCUCCACCAAAAACGAAACCAGGCCACCAUGCGUACCAACACCUGGGAAAAGAGAACCCCAGGGCAUUUCCUGGGAUUCCCCUUUGGAUGGGUCAAAUAAAUCGGCCGGUCCUCCUGAACCCGAAGUGAGCAUGCGCAGGACUUCACUGCAGCUGAAACUGAAGAUCGAUGACUUCAUCCUGCACAAGAUGUUGGGAAAAGGAAGUUUUGGCAAGGUCUUCCUGGCAGAGUUCAAGAGAACCAAUCAGUUUUUCGCAAUAAAAGCCUUAAAGAAAGAUGUGGUGUUGAUGGAUGAUGACGUCGAGUGUACAAUGGUGGAAAAGAGGGUUCUGUCCUUGGCAUGGGAGCAUCCAUUUCUAACACACAUGUUCUGCACAUUCCAGACCAAGGAAAAUCUCUUUUUCGUGAUGGAGUAUCUCAAUGGAGGCGACUUAAUGUACCACAUCCAAAGUUGCCACAAAUUUGAUCUUUCCAGAGCCACGUUUUAUGCUGCUGAGGUCAUCCUUGGUCUGCAGUUCCUUCAUUCCAAAGGAAUUGUCUACAGGGACCUGAAGCUUGAUAAUAUCCUGUUAGACAGAGAUGGACAUAUCAAAAUAGCAGACUUUGGGAUGUGCAAAGAGAACAUGCUAGGAGAUGCGAAGACAAAUACUUUCUGUGGAACUCCUGACUACAUUGCUCCGGAGAUCUUGCUGGGUCAGAAGUACAACCAUUCCGUCGACUGGUGGUCCUUCGGGGUGCUCGUUUAUGAGAUGCUGAUUGGCCAGUCCCCCUUCCACGGGCAGGACGAGGAGGAGCUGUUCCACUCCAUCCGCAUGGACAACCCCUUCUACCCGAGGUGGCUCGAAAGGGAGGCCAAGGACCUUCUAGUGAAGCUUUUUGUGAGAGAACCUGAGAAGAGGCUGGGAGUGAGAGGAGACAUCCGCCAGCAUCCUUUGUUUCGAGAGAUCAACUGGGAAGAGCUUGAAAGGAAAGAGAUUGACCCACCCUUCAGACCAAAAGUGAAAUCACCAUAUGACUGUAGCAAUUUCGACAAGGAAUUCCUAAGUGAGAAACCCCGGCUAUCAUUCGCCGACAGAGCACUCAUCAACAGCAUGGACCAGAACAUGUUCAGCAACUUUUCCUUCAUUAACCCAGGGAUGGAGACUCUCAUUUGCUCCUGAACCUCAUCUGUCUCCAGACUGGAAGGGAUUUGCCUUCUCUCUGGGAACUGGUUCAAGUAACACUUCUGGGGGUGGGGGUCUCUUUUUCACGUUAGAGAAGAAAAGAAACACUGCAAAGGCAGGGAGGACUGCUGAGCUCCUUGUGUGACUUGUUACCUACAGCACAAACCACGCCUACUUCACUAAUGACAUCAUCCCUAAUGACAUCAUCCCGUUAUAUCUCCUGGAAUCUCUCACAGCAGCCCUUGAAGUUAGAUCAUUAUUAACUCUAGUCAUUUACUUGAAAGAUGGUUCCCGAUGCUGUGAAAGAUUCGAAAUGCAGUUCUGCUCUUGCCCUAGACAACAGCUGCUGGUUGGUGAUGAACCAAGGCGCAAGUGGAACAGAUUUCUCAAGACUGGAGCAGUGAUCGCCUGUUAUAGAAGUCAAUUCCACUCAACCACAGAGAAGGAACCACUAAGCCACGUUGAUGUGUGCAUGUCUGUGGAAAUGUCGAUGACAGAAGGGAGGGAAAGGGGAAGCUCUGAGCAGAUUGUAAUGGGAAGCUCUCCAAUAAACAUAGCAUGAAACUUGAAAUUUACAAAUCUGUUCAUUCUGGCUAGCCCCAAAAUUCCCAAGGCAGAGGAAAGUAAAGGGCAGUGAGCUUAGCAGAGCCCUUUGUCGCCAACAGGGAAGGGUAAGGAUGUCGCCUACGUGGAACAUCUUAUACACACAGAAGGAAAGUAUAACCAACAAGGGCAGGGUGGUUUACAGCUGCCAAUCAAACCUGCCCUCCCCCCUCUGUUCUCAGUUGAUCUCUCUGUCAGCGUAGGUAGGCACUCAUUACCAUCCUCCCAUCAUACAAGAAAUAAAAUGCAUGACUCUUCUAAGAUAAAGAAAACCAAUCCCUUAUCACGUUGUUCCCAGUGAUUUGAUGGCAAAUAAGUCCCUCCUUAGGCAUCCUGCAAGACAACCCAACCCAUGCAUGCUAUUUGCAGUAGUCAGUCCUGUUGAGUUAGAGUCCUAACUAUACACAAUAUCGUGCGAUGUUUAUAUAUGUUGAUGAGAUGUUGUGAUGAUAACGUGGAUAUGUAAAAGGGAAUAAAAGAAGAAAGAAAGA